GUUGAAGCCAAGCAGCCCUUUCCUUCGGUUGCCUGCUGCACGCCACCGACGCGUCCUUGACGCUCACCGUGACCAUCACAUCCGUCCCCUUGAAGUUUGCUUGUCGAUAACAUCUGCCGUCUCUCAGUCCAUCGAUCACGAUGAACGGAAUACUACCCUCCGAGUCGCACCAAGCGCGUCGCGGCAUACAAGAGUGUGACUUCUGUCUGAAGAGCAGGACGGAAGUAGGGCGGCUGUUUGCGUGCUCAGGAUGCAAACUCGCCAUGUACUGCAGCCCUGCAUGCCAAAAGGCCGGCUGGGGCUUCCACAAGCUCGUCUGCAAGUCCAUCAAGCAGGAGCGCUCCCAGUUCAAAGAGAUGGACCAGCUCUUCCUCUCCUGGGGGGGCAACCUCGCCCAGGCAAUCAACCCCAGCGCGGUGCUGCCGUCCGUGAUCAUGGACGAGUUCUGCGCGUUCGCGGAGAAGUUCAAGCUGCCGCUCAUGGAGGCGGGGUACAACGGGCUGCGCAUCGCGUCGGACCCGUCAUUCUCUGAGCACGCCGUCCUCUUCGUCAUGCUCGACCGCCACCCCGUCCGCGCGCACUCGUCGCGCGCGUGGGCCCGCCCGCGGGUGCUCUACGCGAAGCCCAUGACGUACGACGAGCUCCGCGAGAAGUACGGGCGGGCGAACGUGCAGGAGCUCGUCGUCCGCCUGGGCGGCCUGCGCGAGAUCCAGUCGCGCGCGCCGGACUACGUCGCCUCCGUCAACAUCAUGCUCUCCAGCCUCUGCCAUGUACUCUCCCCGCCUGUCCCGCUGCAUUACCCUGUCCCGCUGGAUAUCUCGCCGGCAUAUAUGCGCGCGGUCAGCCUCGGCGAUACCUGGGCGCAGAAGCUGAAGGACAUCGUGGAGAAGAUCUCUGGCAGACAGGUCAAUACCCGCAAUGGUCAUAUAUGAGCUACUCUGGACGUUUAACAAGGCGUAUCCGGCCUGACUGGUGCUCGCGUAUGGACCCGCUCCGAGACGGUGAUUGCUCGACAUGUAUUUCUAUGUCUAUACCCAGCUCGACACCAAGAUGUGACCAUUAU